AUGGCCGCCGGAAUCUCGUUGACGCAGGAGCUGCUGGCCCAAGGAGGUGAGAAGGCCGAUGUAGCGGCUGAGGGGGUUUUCAAGAAGGAAGCCCUCCCAGUCGUAACGGGCAUCGCCGUCCUCACGGUGGUUUUGGCUGGCUGCUUGCUGCUGCUGGCCCCAGAGCUCCUAACAAUGGGAGUUCUGGCAUACUGCUUGGGGCUGAGACACGCGGUGGAUGCCGAUCACAUCGCUGCUAUCGACAACGUCACUCGAAGGCUUACUAGCGGGAGGAAGCGACCAACAACCGUUGGCUUCUUCUUCGCGCUGGGCCACUCGACGGUCGUCGUGAUCGUGUGCGCGUUGCUGGCCUUGCCAAAUCAUGGCAUCCGCGAGGCCGUGAGGUCGCUGGAGUCCAAGGGCGGCACACUUUCAGCUAUUUUUUCGGGCGGAUUCCUGGUGGUGAUUGCUGUGAUCAACUUCUUCAUUCUCCUUCGUCUGGGGCAGUCUUGGAAGGACACGGGAAAAUCUGCCACCCACGACCACUCUGCGACGGGACUCUGUGUGGCCUGCUGUCCACGGUUGUUCAGCGGGAUAACGGCUCCUUGGCAUAUGUAUCCUGUGGGAUUCAUCUUUGGUCUGGGCUUCGAGACUUCAAGCGAAGUAGCAGUGCUGGCUAUGGUCGGUCUUUCGCACAGCCUUGAGCACCCAGCCUUGGUGAUGUUGCUGCCGAUGAUGUUCUUGGUGGGGAUGUGCCUCAUUGACACCAUCAACGGUGUUCUCAUGGCCUGGGUGUAUGGAGCAGGAGGAGCAGACGGCAACAGGCAAAGACUGUACUACAACAUGUUCGUGACAGCCACAUCGGCUGCGAUAGCCAUGGUUGUCGGCAUGCUGGAGUUGCUGGGCGUUCUAGCAACAAGUGAAGGUCUGCAUGGCAAAUUCUGGAGUGUCAUCGUGGAGCUCAACAACGAUUUCGAAACUGUGGGUAUGGUUAUCAUGCUUUUCUUUUUGUCGUGCGCUGUUGCGGCAUCUUGCGGCUUCAGAUAUGUAUUUCCGGAUGUCGAGGCUGGCGAUGCAGCAGCUUAG